AUCAUUUACACUCGGACCUGCCCCACGAGCGGCCACAUCAUUCUCAUAUCGUCCCAAGUGGCGGGGACUAUUCCGUUUAAACUCGAUAUAUACGGAUUGGGGCUACGGGCGACCUCAAAAACGAUCAUAA